GACGGAUACUGUGUGAUGUGGGCCACUCAGGAGCUCAGCAGGACUGCCAUCAUGUACAUUCAGAGUAAAGUGUUCAUAAUAAUAGCUGCACUGACUCUAGAUCGUCAAGCUGAUGGAGGUGGAAUCAUUGGCGGCCAUGAGGCUGUGCCGCACAGCAGGCCUUACAUGGCGCUGGUGGAGAUGCUGAGCACUGACAACAAAAUCAGCUACUGCGAUGGCUUUCUUAUCAGUCAAGACUUUGUAAUGACUGCUGCCCACUGCCGUAAUAAAUCCUACAAAGUCUUUCUUGGAGUUCACAAUUUCAACAAAAAUGAAACGAUGUACCAGAUUAUACCUGUGAAUGAUGCAUUUCCACAUCAAGACUUCAAGGCCACUAAACCACCACAAAAUGACUUAAUGCUACUAAAGUUGAGCUCCAAGGCAAAUUUCAACAACUAUGUGAAGCCCAUCGAGCUUGCAGACCAUGUUUGUGACAGUUGUCCAGAACGCUGUCUUGUGUCUGGCUGGGGCCAUUGUAACAGCAACACAAAUAGUUGUAGAAAACUCAUGGAAGUCAACAUAACACUGGUUCAUCUUGACAAGUGCAAUAAGAGCCAUGUUUACUGCUCUAAGGGAAAUACUGGACCUGCCCAUGGAGACUCUGGUGGUCCUCUGGUUUGCGAAGAUGGCAAAGCCUAUGGGGUGAUUUCCUUCACCUAUCAACCACACUCAAACGACGAACCAAUCCAUGGGUUUGCCAGGAUCUCUGAUUACAGAGAAUGGAUCGAGCAGACCAUGACACAUAAAGCAAAUCCCUAACACACGGAGCGCUUUUGCAAUGGAGCUUCUUUAAAUUAUGCUUUGACUUACAAGUACAAUCAAACCUUAUUCCAACAGCAAUAGAGACGUUUGUGAGAAUAAAAUUGAUAAUUGAUUUUAUUACAUAUUCGGUGGACAUAAUCAGAACUAAUUUGGUAGGUUUGAUAAAGAUGUUGAAAACAUGCAUUUCUUUUGUAAAAAGGGGCAUAUGCUGGCUUUUGCUUACUGUGCCUGACUAAAGUCCCACAAUGCUGUA